AUACACAGAACACACAGCAGCGUUUAGAGCUCUAUUGUAGGACAUGUUUUAUUACAGGCAGUGAUGAAGUCGGCUCUGCUUCACGUUUCGGCGCCCUUCGUGCUCUGUGUCGCGCUGGCGAACACCAGUCUGUUCGACGGAGUUGAGGUGGACUUGUCUUAUGACCACUAUGCGGAGCAAAGGAUCGACUAUCUGCCCGGGUUCCUGGCGAUGCCCUGUAACUGCCUGGUGAACCUGGCCUACAUCUACAUAGGGCUGUACUGGCUGCUGUGGCGCGGAGGCAUUGGUGAAACGGAAGAGAGCCGGUACAUGAGAGAGGUGUUCGCCUUCAUGGCUGUCCUCUAUGCGCCUGUGCAGUGGACGCGCUUGGCGGUGCUGCGUCGCGCUCCCGCCGUGCUCGACCAGUGGUUCACGUUACCGAUCUUCGCGUGGGUUCCGGCGUGGAUCUGCUUCGUAGAGCGCGGGCCGGCGAAGUGGCGCGCGUCUGACGCGGCGGCGCUCGAGCUGCUGUCUCUCCUCAGCUACGGCUUGGCGCUGGCGCACGAGCGGGGCUUUGAGGGGGCGCUGGGCUGUCACGUUGCGCUCGCGGUGUACAAGGGAGUGCGCGUGCAGCGGGAGCGCGGGGACGGCCGCACGCGGGGAUACUUGCUGCUGGCGGUGCUGUCGUGUGCAGGGUUCGUGCUGCUGAAGCUGCUGGACCACUGGCUCGCUCGGUACCGGCUCUUCCAGCGGCUCACCGGACACUUCUGGUCCAAAGUGUGCGACGUGCUACAGUUCCACUUCAGCUUCUGCUUCCUGACCUCGCUGACUCAGAAGACGCAGGGGACACAGGGGAAGACAGCAGCACAGCGGGACUGACAGACCAGCAAGUGUAUAAGAGGGAAAGUCAUGAGACGCUUUAAUUAAACUGUGAAAAACAAUUCAUCUAAGACAUACAGUGUCCCCUGUGGGAUAUUAAAGCACCACCAGCUAAACAUUCUCCAUGUAUACACAUUAACACCCUUGUCCAAAUAUUAGGGCAGUGGGUCCCAACCCCCACUAGGGGUCACCAAAGCUUCAUAGGGGUCGCAAGGCCUUCUUGAUUUUAAGGGGUGAUAUAAGACUUAAAAAAAAUACACACUAGGGCUGUAUCUCAGCAUUUCGUUCAAUUCUGUAAGGAAAAUUGAAAUAAAUGAUUUAUUAUUUAAGAUUUAAGCUUUAAAGGCCUGAACCCAAAGAGCUAAUAGAACAAUAGCCAAAUGUCAGGUAGAAAAAAUUGAACUUGUCCACAAAAAAAGCCUAAUAUGAGAGAUUGUUUAAAACAUCCCUAAAAAUAUCAGGAAAACUCAUCCCUGAUGCGAUAUUCACAGGAAAUAAUCUGUUCAAAAUGUGCUUGUUUUGCAUAAACUCCAUAAACUGAAAUAUGUCACUUAGUCAGGGGUUGUCAGUUCAUGCAAUGACAGAAAAGGGGUCCCUUAAAAAACACAACCUAUAGCCCUAUAUUAGGGCUGUAGGUAGUGGUUUUCAUACUGGGGUCCACUGACCAACAUGAGUGGGUCCCCAUCAAAAGGAGAAGUAGACUUUUUUAAUCAAAUUUUUUGGAAGUUGGGACAAUGAAAGAAAUAGGCUUGACUGUUUUGAUUGAUUGUAAUUUAUAAUGAUCCAGUUUGAUUAUUGAUUCACCAUGAAGACUUUAGUAUCUUAACACCUAAAAAUGAGUCAGAAGUCGCACCCCUACCUACUGACUAGAUUUAGAUCCAAAAGAACUAGAAAUAUGAAUUUGGACUCUGUUGAGUAUACUCAAACACUUACUAACUAACCAUUAGCCACGUUUACCCAUCCUAAUAAUUUAAAUAUAAAAAGUUUUAUAAUCAAUUAAGUUCUUUUAUUGUAGUCAAAAAUGUAACAUCUAAUUUAGUACAAUCUGUAGACACGACUGUGGUUGCUUGGUGAUAGUAAUGUUACUAGACCAACGUCUCAUCUGCUGCAUCUGCUCUGAGUUUGUGGUUGAAUUUGUUUCUGAAACUGUAUAGAUAAGUGCCUGAUCCAUAAAAAGUAACAUUUACAUUCAAAUGCUUCUUGUGUCAUGUACUAAAUCUUGUGAUGUUUCUGUGAAUGUGAAGUUAUGUUGAUCGCCAUUUCUGAGGAUAAAGCUAAACUUGAUGGACCCGACAUGAUGGAGCACAGAGAUGGAGCUUGUGAUGCACAAUUUCACAAAUUAGGUUUUAGGACAGUUCACAUGGGAUAAAUUGACAUGAUGUAGACGUGUGCCUUUCAGAUAUCUUACAAAUGAAAUGUUUGAGGGCCAUGCUUAUGGGCUGAUGAUUUGGUGACCUUGUGCACUAGGGCUGCACAAUUAAUUGCAAUAUUAUCAGAAUCAUAAUAUGGCCAAGUGCAAUAUGCCAAUCGCAAGUAGCUGCACAUUUUUGAUAAAAGUUAAGUUAUAUAUGUAUAUAUCUAUAUAUAUAUUCAUUAUAAUGAAGUACUGUAUUGUUGCAGAUUUUCCCUGGCGCACAAAUCUUGU